AUGUUGGUCGCCACCUAUGCUACUACUACUACUACUACUACUACUACUACUACUACUACUACUACUACUACUACUACUACUACUACUACUACUACUACUACUACUACUACUACUACUACUACUACUACUACUACUACUACUACUACUACUACUACUACUACUACUACUACUACUACUACUACUACUACUACUACUACUACUACUACUACUACUACUACUACUACUACUACUACUACUACUACUACUACUACUACUACUACUACUACUACUACUACUACUACUACUACUACUACUACUACUACUACUACUACUACUACUACUACUACUACUACUACUACUACUACUACUACUACUACUACUACUACUACUACUACUACUACUACUACUACUACUACUACUACUACUACUACUACUACUACUACUACUACUACUACUACUACUACUACUACUACUACUACUACUACUACUACUACUACUACUACUACUACUACUACUACUACUACUACUACUACUACUACUACUACUACUACUACUACUACUACUACUACUACUACUACUACUACUACUACUACUACUACUACUACUACUACUACUACUACUACUACUACUACUACUACUACUACUACUACUACUACUACUACUACUACUACUACUACUACUACUACUACUACUACUACUACUACUACUACUACUACUACUACUACUACUACUACUACUACUACUACUACUACUACUACUACUACUACUACUACUACUACUACUACUACUACUACUACUACUACUACUACUACUACUACUACUACUACUACUACUACUACUACUACUACUACUACUACUACUACUACUACUACUACUACUACUACUACUACUACUACUACUACUACUACUACUACUACUACUACUACUACUACUACUACUACUACUACUACUACUACUACUACUACUACUACUACUACUACUACUACUACUACUACUACUACUACUACUACUACUACUACUACUACUACUACUACUACUACUACUACUACUACUACUACUACUACUACUACUACUACUACUACUACUACUACUACUACUACUACUACUACUACUACUACUACUACUACUACUACUACUACUACUACUACUACUACUACUACUACUACUACUACUACUACUACUACUACUACUACUACUACUACUACUACUACUACUACUACUACUACUACUACUACUACUACUACUACUACUACUACUACUACUACUACUACUACUACUACUACUACUACUACUACUACUACUACUACUACUACUACUACUACUACUACUACUACUACUACUACUACUACUACUACUACUACUACUACUACUACUACUACUACUACUACUACUACUACUACUACUACUACUACUACUACUACUACUACUACUACUACUACUACUACUACUACUACUACUACUUCUCUUUGUUUGUAA